CGAGCACAAAGUAUAGUGUUCGAGUGUUAUUGAUAAAGGUCGAGUAUUAUAUUAUAUGAAAGAAAUAUAAGAAAGUUUUAAAUUAUAAUUAAGUGCCAUGUGAGAGUUCGUCACACCUCCGCUUGGGCGACGACAUUUUCAUUACCGAACAUAUUAUUGGAUAGACGAUUUAAUCUUCUCCGAGAUCGACCAAUCGGGACGAGUGUUACAUUAAUUACUUGACCUAGAUUACAGCAUAGUUUGGUGAAGAUGUUUGUCGAGUUGUUAUACGUGGUAAGCUAGAAUUUUGUAAGUUUCGUGUCGACACGUGACCAGUCAUGACUCUUUAAAGUUCUAUUUCGAUGUCUGAGUUAUCAAGUUCGAGUUAAGUAUUGAAUUUCGGGAAUACGAAGCGCCAAUAUGAAUGGCAAAGGUAAAGGUCAAGAGUUGACACGUCAAAUGUUGGACGAGAUCAAGAAUGAAGAAAGUUCGUCGGAAUCUGACGAUUCUCUAUCGUCGAACGAAUCAGAAACGUGGUUUAAUCAAAGCAUUAAGCCAUUUGUGAUUAAAUUAGAGAUAGAUGCCUUUCUGUUAAUUACAUUUGUCCUCGCUCUUGGAACCAGAUUCUGGAGGUUGGAUCAGCCCAGAAGUAUAGUUUUCGAUGAGUUACAUUAUGGAAAGUUUGCUUCCAUGUACAUGAAGAGGACAUUUUUCUUUGAUUCUCAUCCGCCGAUGGGCAAGCAACUAGUGGCCUUGGCCGGCUUCGUCGCCGGCUAUGAGGGAAACAAUCAGUUCGACCGUAUAGGUGGAAGUUACGGGCCGGACGUGCCCGUCUGGGCCCUCCGAACGGUACCCGCCGCCUUCGGCACUCUUCUCGUUCCGAUGGUCUAUUACCUGUGCGUCGAACUGGGUCUCAGUAACAAGACGGCCGUACUGGCGGCCCUAAUUUUUAUAUUUGAAAAUGCGAUACUUACUCAGUCCAGGUUUAUACUCAUGGAAAGCAUACUCAUGUUCUUUUCUGCUUUGGGAAUAUUUUGUCUACUUAAGUUUCGUAAAGAGACGAAACCGUUUACCGUCGGUUGGUGGACUUGGCUGCUGUUAAUGGUCGUUUCUUUAACUUGUGCCACUUGUGUUAAAUAUGUUGGAAUCUUCUCCGGAGCACUAGCGAUGGCGGUUUUAAUGUGGGAUUUUUGGAAUUUCUUAGGAAAUAAAAAACUCUCUAAUUGGGACCUUAUCAAACAACUGGUAGCACAAAGUGCAGUCUCCAUAUUAGUGCCAUUAAUUUUAUAUUUACUGACAUUUUAUUGCCAUUUAAGCAUUUUAAUUAAAGCGGGUCCACACGAUAAUAUAAUGACUAGUGCAUUUCAGGCAAGUUUGGAGGGUGGUCUCGCAUCUAUUACGAAAGGACAGCCGUUGGAGAUCGUCCACGGUUCCCAGAUCACGUUACGUCACACUCACGGUCGUGCCUGUUGGUUACAUUCUCAUCCGCAUGUUUAUCCUCUGCGAUAUCCCGACAAACGUGGAAGUUCUCAUCAACAGCAGGUGACUUGCUAUAGUUUUAAAGAUGUUAAUAAUUGGUGGAUCGUGAAAAGACCCAAGAAAAAUGAUCUCGUAGUGUCGGAACCUGUUGAUAAAAUUAAGCACGGUGACGUAAUUCAGUUAAUACACGGAAUGACAAGUAGAGCUUUAAACAGUCAUGAUGUUGCGGCACCGAUGUCUCCCCAACAUCAGGAAGUGUCUUGUUAUAUUGAUUAUAAUAUCUCAUUCCCUAUACAAAAUUUGUGGAUGGUAGACAUUAUAAAUAGGGAAACAGAAGGUGAAGUUUGGCAUACGAUUCAUUCUCAUGUUCGUUUGAUUCAUGUUAAUUCUACUCAGGCAUUGAAAUUUAGUGGUAAACAGCUGCCGGAAUGGGGUUUUAAUCAGCACGAAGUUGUGACGGAUCGUGAUAUUAACCAAGACGAUACAAUAUGGAAUGUAGAAGAACAUAGAUAUACAAAGAAAGCCGAUCAGAAAGAAAGGGAACGUGACAUGGGCAUGGCAGAAUUUGUUCCGUUACAGCCCACACAGCUCACAUUUUUAGAAAAAUUUUACGAAUUGCAAUAUAAAAUGUUUGUAGUCAAUCAAGAAAACGUGCAAGAUCAUUUAUACAGUUCGGAACCCAUUGAUUGGCUGUUUCUAACUCGCGGCAUCGCUUAUUGGGUUAGCCCUCAUAGUAAUGCACAGAUUCAUUUAAUAGGAAAUGUAUUAAUAUGGUAUUCGGCAACUAUAGGGUUGUUCAUCUACCUUUCACUCCUGACAUUUUAUCUUCUCAGGAGGCAAAGAUUGUGUUACGACAUUCCAGAAGAAAUUUGGAAUAAAUUUUGUUUGGUGGGACAGAUAUGCCUCGGCGGUUAUGCACUACACUUUCUUCCUUACUUUUUUACGGAACGAACUCUGUUUCUGCAUCAUUAUUUGCCUUCUUUAUUAUAUAAACUGGUUUUGCUUGCUGCAUUGAUAGAACAUGUUGAUUACGUAGUGUGCUUCAUUUUUAAAUCCUCCUUAUUGAAAUUAAUAUUUUACUUUGGGAUGCUACUCUGGGGAUUUGGUAUUUUUCAUGUCUUUUGGCAGUUUAGUGUGUUUUGUUACGGCACCGUUCCAUUAUCGGCAGAAGACAUAAUAAAUUUAAGGUGGAAAGAUACUUGGGAUUUUAUAAUACAUCGUCCGUAAAAAUUAUAAAUUAGAGGCCAAAUAUUUAGGAUUAUUCCACUUCAAAAUUUAAAAUGGAGGGUAAUUAAUCAUUUAUUCAUGACGAUGAUAAAAAAUUUGUUUGGAUGAAGAAAUUUUAGUUUUUUAAGUAUUUUUCAGCACAUCUUACAGAUUUUCUUGUGGAUCUUUUCAUGCAUGUAAAUUAAGUUCUGCUUUCACUAUAAUGGAAAAUUUAAGUUUAUUUUACACAUUAGUGUCUUCUAAUAGAGAAAAUACACUAAAAUCUUAAUAUGAAUUUUAAACUUAAUUUUUAACAAAAUGUUUAAAAUAUAAUGAAAGUAAGGAAGUUUAUCAGAGUAACGGCUGUUAUUUUAUAAGCAUAGACAUGAUUAUAAUAAGGUCAAUAUUAUAAAACAAAAUAUGAAACAUUAAUCAGAUUAUUUAACUUAUUUUUACAGAGAAUUCUUUAUGAUUUGAUAUGUUUUACAGAAGCAAAGUUUAUUGUAGGAAAAUGUAGAGCAUUAUGCUAAUUUUUACAUAUUUAAAGUUACUACACUUCUCUAAACUUAUUAAUGGAUAAGGGUCAAACUAUUUGGUUACUAAUGAUGAUUAUGAUGAGGUUACAAAUGCUAUUUUGAAGAUGCAGUUAUUAGCUCUGUUUGAAGGUAGAGUUAAGGUGCGACUAUGCAGAUGCGAAUUUAGAGCGAGCGAGAGAGAAGUUGCGAGCGAUUUAGUUUUCGCAAAGGAAAACCAUGCACAAACGAGAAGCAAGAAAUAACGCUAGCGAGAGUGAAUUUCUGGUUCUCGCACAUAUCUGACAGGUUUUGAUAUUUAUCGCAUCUCACCACAUGUUCUCGCUCGCUCGCGUCUGCAUAGUCGCACCCUUAGAAUUAAUAUCUUGACAGUCAUUUCAAUAUGAGAUCAUACUUUAUCUGCUAGAAAUGUCGGCAAACUGCUUUUCUUAUUUUAAAGUUUGAUCUCAUUUUUGCAUCACUUUUCAUGCAGCUACUUAAUGAGGUUUACAGAUUUAAUUAAUAUAUAAAAAUGGAAAUUCGAGAUUUUGAUAAAAUAAUCCUCAGGGAAUAAAUUAGAAAAAUGAUUUCGCACACAGAUAGGUCUGGAUAUCGUUUUCAUUUUCUCUUACAUAGAUUUCAUGAAGUAUUAAAUUAGUAGUACAGUAGAUAUGAUGAUGCUAGGAUCUAUCCACUAUUGAUGAAAGCGCUUUUAUAUUUAGAAGACAAGACAACAAUAUAUCUGAAAGAGAGAAGGCCAAAACUACAUCUUUUUGUGUAGUCACUGACAGAAAAUUUACAUCUGAGAUAACAGUGGAAGCUUGUAAAGGGGAGUAGUGUUAAAACUAGGUUCUACUAUAAUUAAUUUUUCAUCAACUAAGAAUCUUAUAUUGUCAUUUAAGUGUGGAAUCUCUAAAAAAUUAGCAUUUAUGUGAUAUUUUGUUCAAAAAAUUAGUUUUAAACUUUGCUUAUUCUUCAAUACUCUGUUGUACUUCUGAAGGAUUGUUGAUUUUUCUGUUUAAUUUUUAAUUAUCACAAAAAAGUAAUUACACUCAUUUUAAAGUACUGUUAUACUUGUUUUAAAAGUAUUCUUUGUUUAUUGUUAAUGAUCCAAUAUAUUUAAACACGUGCUUGAUUUAUUUAUAUAUUUGUUCUGGGCGACUACACGACGUGGUCGUUCCAUCAUUUUUGAAUAAUUAUAUCCAGAAAGGAUCCACCGACUCGUUCUCUGCCCGGUUGUGGAUAAAGUUUAUGGCUUGCUGUUAAGUUAGAGGUAGAUAAACCUGUCACAACUAGUACACUGGUUGUUAAAUAUGUAGUUUGCCACAAGUGACAUAGUUACAAAACCACGUCUAAGUUUAUAAUAUAAAUAUUUUAUACAGAAUUUAUGAAAUUUAAGUCUGUAAAUAUUAAACUGUGUAGUUUGUUCGUAUUUUCAUUCUCAUGCGAUUUGGGCGGCAGUUUUUUUGUUAAGCAUUUAGUGUUUUCUUUUAUUGAAAGCUUUUUACUCUUUCAGAACUUAAAAAAAUUGGAGCUUUCUUUCAUUACAUAUUAUUCAAAUUUGUUUUAAUACUUUGUUGGAAAUGGAAUUUACAAUGUUUUUUUAUUUAAUAGUAAUUAACUUUUGUAUUUAUUCAUAAGGCAUCGAAAGGAAGCGUUUGAAGCAUGUCUUUAUUGUUAUAUAUGUCAAACUUUUUAUGAAUAGUGUCAUAUUGUUUCUACUUAAAUGUUUUUCAUCUGAAUUUUGCACAAUUUUCUACUUACCUAAUAGUUAUAUUAAUUAUUUUUGUAUGAUUUUAAGCAGUGAUAGCUUAUAAAAUGGAUGUUAGAGUAGUUUGUAGCAAGUUACAUUUUUAAUAGUAAUAAACAAACUAGAGAAUAAUAAUAUCACAAUUCUCGCUUGUAAAUUUGCUUGUUAACGUGAUGUAACCUUUUUACUCGAGGCUUGUAACUUCUGCGGACAUUUUAUGACAUUUAAAAUUUGUAAUUCGACCACGGAAUUUCCUUAAUGAAACAAUUUUGAUGUGAUUUUAACAAUUUGUUUACUAGUGUGAUGCGAUUCCAAAGGAAUCUUUUAUAAGUAGUAUUUAUUGUAACUAGUUUUUACAAUUGGAUGGUUUUGAUGUAAAUUUUAAUAACUAAUUUAUGUAUUUACUGUUCAAUUUUCCUGUAUAUCUGGUGAAAGUAUAUAAUAAUAUAUUAUAUUUUUAUAAA